CUCUCCCUUCUGUGAGCUGAGCCUCCUCUCCUCAGGUCCCCGUCUCUGCCCAGAAUGCCCACCAUGGGGACACCCACCAGGAGGAAGUCACACCUGCUGCUGCUAGUCUCUAUGGCCCUUGUCUCCUCUCCAGCUUGGAGUUCAGCCCGGGGAUCCCCGGCCACUUUUGGGCCUGUCUUUGAAGAUCAGCCCCUCGGUCUGCUAUUCCCAGAAGAGUCCACUGAGGAGAAGGUGACGCUAGCGUGCCGUGCCCGGGCCAGCCCUCCAGCCACCUAUAGGUGGAAGAUGAAUGGCACCGAGAUGAAGCUGGAGCCAGGGUCCCGCCACCAGCUGGUAGGGGGGAACCUGGUCAUCAUGAACCCCACCAAGGCCCAGGACGCCGGCGUCUACCAGUGCCUGGCCUCCAACCCCGUGGGCACCAUCGUCAGCAGGGAGGCUGUGCUCCGCUUUGGCUUUCUGCAGGAGUUCUCCAAGGAGGAGAGGGACCCUGUGAAAACCCACGAAGGCUGGGGGGUGAUGUUGCCCUGUAACCCACCUGCCCACUACCCAGGCCUGUCCUACCGCUGGCUCCUCAACGAGUUCCCCAACUUCAUCCCGACGGAUGGGCGUCACUUCGUGUCCCAGACCACGGGGAACCUGUACAUUGCCCGGACCAACGCCUCAGACCUGGGCAACUACUCCUGCCUGGCCACCAGCCACAUGGACUUCUCCACCAAGAGCGUCUUCAGCAAGUUCGCUCAGCUCAACCUGGCGGCGGAAGACACGAGGCUCUUUGCACCCAGCAUCAAGGCCCGGUUCCCGGCAGAGACCUACGCGCUAGUAGGACAGCAGGUCACCCUGGAGUGCUUCGCCUUCGGGAACCCUGUCCCUCAGAUCAAGUGGCGUAAAGUGGACGGCUCCUUGUCCCCCCAGUGGGCCACAGCCGAGCCCACCCUGCAGAUACCCAGCGUCAGCUUCGAGGAUGAGGGCACCUACGAGUGUGAGGCAGAGAACUCCAAGGGCCGCGACACCGUCCAGGGCCGCAUCAUCGUGCAGGCUCAGCCGGAGUGGCUCAAGGUGAUCUCCGACAUGGAGGCUGACAUCGGUUCCAACCUGCGUUGGGGCUGUGCAGCGGCUGGCAAGCCCCGGCCCACAGUGCGCUGGCUGAGGAACGGGGAGCCUCUGGCUUCCCAGAACCGCCUGGAAGUGGUGGCUGGGGAUCUGCGGUUCUCCAAGCUGAGCCUGGAGGACUCCGGCAUGUACCAGUGUGUGGCAGAGAACAAGCAUGGCACCAUCUAUGCCAGUGCUGAGCUGGCCGUGCAAGCACUGGCCCCUGACUUCAGGCUGAACCCCGUGAAGCGCCUGAUCCCCGCAGCCCGCGGGGGAGAGAUUGUCAUCCCCUGUCAGCCCCGGGCGGCCCCAAAGGCUGUGGUGCUCUGGAGCAAAGGCACCGAGAUUCUGGUCAACAGCAGCAGAGUGACCGUGACUCCGGAUGGCACCUUGAUUAUAAGAAACAUCAGUCGGUCAGAUGAAGGCAAAUACACCUGCUUUGCUGAGAAUUUCAUGGGCAAAGCCAACAGCACGGGCAUUCUGUCUGUGCGAGACGCAACCAAGAUCACUCUGGCCCCCUCGAGCGCUGAUAUCAACUUGGGGGACAGCCUGACCCUGCAGUGCCACGCCUCCCACGACCCCACCAUGGACCUCACCUUCAUCUGGACCCUGGACGACUUCCCUAUCGACUUUGACAAGCCUGGGGGUCACUACCGGAGGGCCAGCAUGAAGGAGACGGUGGGGGAUCUGACCAUCCUGAAUGCGCAGCUGCGCCACGGCGGGAAGUACACGUGCAUGGCCCAGACGGUGGUGGACAGCGCAUCCAAGGAGGCCACGGUCCUGGUCCGAGGUCCGCCGGGUCCCCCGGGAGGUGUGGUGGUGAGGAACAUUGGUGACACCACCGUCCAGCUCAGCUGGAGCCGAGGCUUUGACAACCACAGCCCCAUUGCCAAGUACACCCUGCAAGCCCGCACUCCACCUGCAGGGAAGUGGAAGCAGGUUCGGACCAAUCCCGCCAACAUUGAGGGCAACGCCGAGACCGCCCAGGUGCUGGGUCUCACCCCCUGGAUGGACUAUGAGUUCCGGGUCUUAGCCAGCAACAUCCUGGGCACCGGGGAGCCCAGUGGGCCCUCCAGCAAAAUCCGGACCAAGGAAGCAGCCCCCUCAGUGGCACCCUCAGGACUCAGCGGAGGGGGUGGAGCCCCUGGAGAGCUCAUCCUCAACUGGACGCCCAUGUCGCGGGAGUACCAGAACGGAGACGGCUUCGGCUACCUGCUGUCCUUCCGCAGGCAGGGCAGCACCAGCUGGCAGACAGCGCGGGUGCCCGGCGCCGACGCCCAGCACUUCGUCUACAGCAAUGACAGCAUCCAGCCCUACACACCCUUCGAGGUCAAGAUCCGCAGCUACAACCGCCGCGGGGAUGGGCCCGAGAGCCUCGUGGCGCUUGUGUACUCUGCUGAGGAAGAGCCCAGGGUGGCCCCUACCAAGGUCUGGGCCAAGGGGGUCUCAUCCUCAGAGAUGAACGUGACCUGGGAACCUGUGCAGCAAGACAUGAAUGGCAUCCUCCUGGGGUAUGAGAUCCGCUACUGGAAAGCCGGGGACAAGGAAGCAGCCGCUGACCGAGUGAGGACAGCGGGGCUGGACACCAGUGCCCGAGUCACUGGCCUGCACCCCAACACCAAGUACCACGUGACCGUGCGGGCCUACAACAGAGCGGGCACCGGACCCGCCAGCCCUUCUGCCAAUGCCACCACCAUGAAACCCCCUCCACAGCGGCCUCCUGGCAACAUCUCCUGGACCUUCUCAAGCUCAGGUCUUAGUAUCAAGUGGGAUCCUGUGGUUCCUCUCCGAAAUGAGUCUGCGGUCACAGGCUAUAAGAUGCUGUACCAGAAUGACUUGCACCCAGCUCCCACGCUCCACCUCACCAGCAAGAACUGGAUAGAAAUCGCAGUUCCUGAAGACAUCGGUCAUGCCCUGGUACAGAUUCGGACCACAGGACCUGGAGGGGAUGGGAUCCCAGCAGAAGUCCACAUCGUGAGGAAUGGAGGCACAAGCAUGAUGGUGGAGAACUCAGCGAUCUGCCCAGCCCCGCGUCCCGGCGCCAUCCUCUCCCCGUCCGUGGCGAUGCUGAUCCUUGUAGCCUACCUGGAGCUCUGAUCAUGGCGCCCUCCCCCCACCUCUGCCACAGCCGGACACCCACCUCUGAUGGACGCAGCCAGCUGGCCCUGGUCCCUUCCUGAUGCCAAGGUGGCCCCACACUGUGCCUGACAAUGGCUGGUUUUCAAUACCUAUUUUAAACAGUGCCCUUUUCGUAGGAGGUAGGAUAUUUCAUAUUCUGCCACAGGAUAAAACCCGCGCAAGGAUUUUUUUUUUUCUUCUUUAAGUCAAAAGACACCAGGCAGUGACUUCCAUGAUGAUACUGAACCCUAUGCCUGGGUCCUCCGGGGCGCCUGGAUGGAAGCAACAAGCCCAUAGGAAGAAGGGGGUUUGAAAUGUGCAUCUGCACAUGCGGGGAGAUGGACUCUGCUCCCUGACAGCGGAGUGUCUGGCGCGGUGGGAACACUGGACGCAAACGCAGUAGGGCAGAGCAUAGAUAUCGGCGUCCCUCAGCAUAGGAACAGGGCCAAACCUGGGACAAAGAACUCCCCUACUUCCUCGAGGGGCAGCACAGCUGGACCCUGACAUUGUCCUUGAUGACAGCCUACGCAGGUGGCAGAAAACCGGUGCCUCAAAGUCCGAGGCCAGAAGCCAGAGCUUUGGGGGAUGAGAUUCCAGACUGUCGGGGGUAAGAGCUAAAAGGGUUUGAGAAGUGGGGACACCUGGUGGAAAAGGGCACCAGGCUUGGCCCAAAGGCACAGUCCCAAUGCAGGUGACGCUGCCCUCUUAGCCAUCACUGCCAACCUGACCCUAUCACUCCCAAAGUGACAGAAGCCACGACAGGUGGCAGAGUGACUAAAGGGCUUAUCUCGGGGAGGUUCCCCACCCCACCAUCCUGCACGGUCCCUCCAGGUGUGGACAGGAGACAGGAGACAAGCCUUGGGGGCCCACCCACUUCCUCCAGCUCAGCCUGCAGCCUCUGGGCCACCACCCUCCAGCACUGACUCGCUCAAGCCUGGGACAAUAAGGCGACAUCGGUUCUGUAUGCUCUGGAGUCGGGAGUCUUCUGAGAAGGGCAAAGGAUACAUGUGGCCCUGGCUCUCCCAGCAUUACCCUGGACCACCUGGCAGGACCCGUCCCCCAGGCUGCCUCCAACGGCUCUUUUGCAUUUUCCCAGAAGAAAGAGGCACUAAUAAAUUUAGGGGCGUCCUAUCAUGUGCUCUGGGUACAUUACCAGUCACAGGACAUCGGAGCCGGAGGAGGCUUUCGAGCCCAACUUGCCGAAGCCCCUCACCUUACAGAUGAGGGAACAGAGGGGUUAGGGACUUCCCGCGGUCACACAGCCUGUCUGAACUUCCUAUCCCAGGCCGUCUGUCCCGAGGAAGAGGGCAGUGCUGAAUGGCUACCGCCUGAUUAAGAAAGUGUUGAGAAGGGCAAAGGGCUAUGAAAACUCUGCUUCAAGAGGUUCAGGUGGGGAGAUCGGCAUGGCUGGGUCCCAGCCCAAGGCACGGGCCAAUGCCGGGAGAUACCAAUCCUUCGCCUUUCGAGCCUGGGCCCUCAACAUACAGUGCUGGCUUGAAGCCCUCUGCCACCUUUACCCUUGCUCCAGGGAAAGGCACCCAAACAAGGACAGGGAUUCCACAAAUCCAGGCAGCAAUGGUGGCACAACCAGGAAUCACCCCCCCUCCCCCAGCCCAUGCUGUGACAGGUGGCCCUUCACAAGGGCCCUUGUAGGGGAUAGGCCCACCGAGGACCCCAGAGCCUGGCUUCUGUAGUUUACAGUUAGAACUCUAUUUUGUUACGGGUUUUUAACUUUUAAGUCCUGCUCUCUUUUCCAGGGCAGGCUUAUGUUGAUGUUUACCCGCUACAAUUUUUUUAAAAUAUCAGCUCACACCACUUCUCCGGGCUACUGCUGCUCCCACCCCCCACCCCCCCGGCCCAGGACCGCCUCCCUGGAGCCACUGACCAAACCCUCCUCAACUGCUCCUAUCCAUAACCUCCCACCCCCCAUGCAAGGUGCAUGCGGGCUCAGCUAAGUGACUACAUUCUGAACACAGAGACCCUAAGCAGUCUAGCACCCUUCCUGGUGGUCCCCUGUGGCUGUGCGCUGGACUGUCCCCAGCUCUACCACAAGGGGGAUGCUGAGGGUACAAAACCUGCUUCCAAGGUUUAGCUGAGUCCUGCCUCACUGCCUUGGGCUGCAGCGGGGGAAACAGGGGGACAGGUGUCUAGAUGCUGGGGCCAGAGGGAUGAGCUGGUUUCGCACAGGACGUCACCAGUAAGGCUGGAGACUGCAGUCCCUGAGCUUGCUUGAGUCAAAAGGCACUUACGACCAAGAGUCUUAGUUCUAAUGAGGUCCAUUGGCAAAGGGGAGGAAAGCAGACCCCCUGGAAAGCCUAGGACAGGUUUUUAGCUAGGAAAACCCAGCCCGGGAAGACCCCAUCGAACUUGUCUGGAAGAUGGAGAGCUGUGUACGAAAACGCAGGCUCCUGCAGCCUGAGAGCUCGGGCAGAGUACGAAUUAAGGUUUAGUAAGACCGUAGGUGACCUGAGGACAUGCAAGCUUAUAAAACAGACUCGUCUCCUGGUGAGGAGGCUUGGACAGGAGCUUGCAUGCAGGCAAAAGAGCCCCCCUUCCUGCCCGAGGGGCCUCUGAUGUUCCUCGUCUCUGCUCAGAUGGGCUGAGUCUCACUCCUGCUGUGGUCAGUAGUCAAUUUUGGAUCUCUCCCCGCUCACACACCAAGCCUCAGAGGCGGCGACAAGGGGGACAGCCACAAACAAGUGCUUUACCCCACAGCUUAGUGGCCAGUAAGUGCCUUGAGGACUAGGGACAGAGACAGCCUGCAGUCAGGGCCAAGGGAGACAGUCUCUCUCUGUCCUGCGUAUACUUGGGCUCAGCCUCCAGGUCCCUGUGGCCCUGGUCUUGGCUACUCAGUCCUCAUUGCUCUAACAGUCUUGUAUACCUCGCCUUCAGGGGGACAGGAGUUCUCUCCAGAUCAGGUCUCGCGGUCCAGCCGGGCCAUGAAAUGAUACAGAUGGGCCACGGGAUGGAAAGGCCAUGAGGAGGGGCUUUUAUUUUUUUUUCUUUUGAUAAAAUAACAGGAGAUCUGAGAUUAGACAUCAGGAAGAGCUUCUGCAAUGAGGCCCUAAGGUGAGUAAUUAAGAGGCUUCUUCCUUUUCUAGGGACCUUUAAGGAAUUUGGACAGCUGUUGGCCUGGGGUCUAGGUUAGGUGAAGUCUGGGUGUGUGAGGGCAUGCUGUUGAAUGUCCCUCUAGCGCCAAGUCUUGGAGCCCCUUUCUGCUGCAGCUCCUUCCCGUACGGGUGGGGACAGCCAUCAGUCACCAAGGGGGAAAGCUCACCUCAGGCAUUUUGUGGAGGACAUUGUCUCUCAACAGUAUCAGGGCCAUCUGGUCUACCCUGGGCAAGAGCCCAAGCUGGCUGAGGACACUGUAUUCCUUCAUCUCCUCCCCACCCAGAGGACCCCCUUUUCUCUUCCUGGCUCAGACAUGUGACGGCCAGCUGGGCAUCUUCGGGUCAGAGGGCUAGACUUCUCAAACUUCGUUUUGAGGCUCAAGUGUGGUGCCCCAUUUUCCCAGGUCAGACCUACCCUGGGUGUCAUCCUGUGAUGACUGAGGUUGCCAGAGAGGCUCCCGGCGUGGUGUGAGGGACUAGGUGGGCAUGUUUAAGGGACUUCUAAAAGCUCCAUGGAAAGAGGAGCCUGGUAGCUGUAUAUAGGGUCAUAGACUUUAGGAAGGCAGGAUAAUAAAGGGAAGCCAGGGAGGAAAACAAAUAGGUCAGAUAAUGUUGCCCCAAGGCCCAGGAAGCCGAGUAUCCUUAGCUGGGGUGCACCCUGCCUUGGCCCCUAGACUCCAACUGACCCAGCCCCAUCCAGGGCCUGCACAGCUUAGUCUCGUGGCUGGGCGAGGGCUAGGGCUUCUCCAGACCACCGACCUGACCCCAUCUUUGUUGAAAUGGAACCACUUCCAUUGGCCUAUUGUUUGUCUCUCUUGUACUUCUUGUAAUGGUAGUUAUUUAUUGACUCUGGUAGCAGGCAGUUCUUAAAUAAAGAUGAUUUCUCAACCUGA